AAAUGGGAGAAGUGUUAUGAACAUUUCUGAUCUUUUCAUUACUGUAGAUUAUGGUCAGUAGAGAAGAAAAGAGGCAAAGCAAAGUCUGUAGACCCAACAGAAAACUCUAUUUACAUCCAGCAAGUGUGAGAAAAACAUGUAGAGCGCAAAACACAGAGUGAAACUCUGCCUCUAAAGUUUGUUCAGGUUGAUGAAAAUAGAAAAAUAAUUCAGUGGGACUGAUGAGUUUAGAUUGAUAAUGUAACUUUAUGUAUGUAUGCCUGCUUAAAUAUGUUUUCUGGUGAUUCUUAAAUGUAGACAGCUGCUGAGGUCUGGGAACAGUGGGCAGUGACUGCUGGGAGAUGGAGUAAGGAUGAGGUUCAGGUGACAGUCAAUACUCAGGGGAUGGCUCCCUCUGGUGGUCAGAGGGGGAAACAGAUGCUUGUAUCCUGAUAAACGGUGUAUAAGAAUUGGACCGAUUGUGUGUCCCGUCACCCAAUGAAAAUGGAUUAUUUCAGACUCUGAUGAAAUGAAGUCAAUUUGGUCGUCGGUUUUUGCCAAUACAAACGCCAUCAAUAAGCAGUGAUAGUCCAAGUCAAUCAACAUUUCUAUGACAACCUCUCUACCAAUCAGGAGUGAGCUUGUUGGAAGUCCACAAUUCUACUUCUUGGAAGUCUUCAAACAUUAGACAGUGGACACCACAUGCUUUUACUGAGCCAUCUGAUUGGUCCGUUUAUCCAUGAAAAAUAAUGAAGUCUGUAAAGAAUAUGUUAAAAAAAAGUAUUUGCUCUGACAAAUAAAAUGACAACUGUUUAUUUCUCUAUAGAAGUCCAUAGAUUUUGGCUUCUUGAAGCCGACAGGUACUUUCUAUUUGGAACACCCGGGGGGGAGGGGUCACUCAGUCCAAUUCUCAUAUACAGUCAAUGCCUUUCACCCAAAACAAGGAAUUUUUCUUCUUUAAUUUUUUUUAGCAAAAUAUAAAACAGAUCCAUGAUAGAAAAAAAUAAAUAUAAAAAAAAAGAGGAUUAGGAUCUUCUGAAAAAAAAUGGUUUCUGUUUGACACUUUUACCUGAACGGCUUCAAAGCGAGCAUCUGACAUGUCUGAAACUGUCUAAUGAAGCUGCUGGCAGACGAUGCAGCACGCAGGUGAAGAAUGUGUCAGGCAGAUGCUGUGGCUGUGAAGCCCCUGGGGUCUUGGUGAAGGCAGAAAUUAAAGCUGAUAUUACUGGUUUUCAACAGUAGGUGUUGGAUCUAACUGUGAACAGACUUGUGGUUGUAAACCUAAAUAUUUCAAUCCAUGGGCAAAAAGUGAGAGUGGGGAGAAAAGUGUCCGUAUUUGGUCACUGCCAGAGCACAUUUCUGCUUCAGGAAACUCUAAACGCCCUUCUGGAUCCUGCUGCUGUUGAAGAGGAGAAGGCCACGAUCCAGCAGAUGGAUUGUGUAGGAGCCUCUUAAGUACUGGCGUGGCCCUGCAGGGUCUAGACAGGCUGCAUUUCUGUUCUAUCAACGCAAAAGAUGUUAUCAGCUGGUGAAGCUGAAAGGGAGAAAGUCGUGCUACUAGCCCGUCGUGGUUAUCAGGUUAGGACUCGCUGGUGGGACAAUGACCUGAAACUCAGGACUUUCUCAGUCAAAAUGGUGUCUCAUCUUUUACAGGAAUCCAUUAUUGCUUCACUUUUGUGUUUUUUAAUUUAACCUGGUUUCAUUGAAAACUGUUGUACCUGAAAAACCUGGAUCAUCUUGAAAACUGCAUUUUAUCAUCGUAGGUCGAGUUGCAUCUCAGGACAAACUCUCUUCAGAUGAUGUGAGAUCUGGACCGAUUCGUCUCCACUAAGCAAGCACAGACCAGUUCAGAUCCAGACCGUCCAGCAUGUCCUUCAGCAGUGCAUCCUACAGCCGCAAGACCAUGAGUGUGUACGGCGGAGCAGGAGGCUCCGACACCCGCAUCUCAAGGCCCAGCUGGGUCCACGGAGGCCUAGACCUCACUGACGCCUCCGACUUCUACUUUGGCGACAACAAAAAGGCCACCAUGCAGAACCUGAACUACCGACUGGCCUCUUACCUGGAGAAGGUGCGGAGGCUGGAGAAGGAGAACGAGCAGCUGGAAAAGAAGAUCAGGGAGUGGUACAAGAGCAGGACCGUGGUGUCACACGACUUCUCCAAAUACCUGGACAUCAUCAAGGACCUGCAGGAUAAGAUCUGUGUCGCCUCCAAGCUCAACACCAAAAAUGUCCUGGAAAUCGACAACGCACGACUGGCGGUUGAUGACUUCAGGAUGAAGUACGAGAGCGAGCUGUCCAUGAGGAUGGCUGUGGAGGCCGACAUUGCUGGGCUGAGGAGGCUGCUGGAUGACUCAAACCUGAGGAGGAUGGAGCUGGAGAGUCGGUGCGAGGGUCUGAGGGAGGAACUCAUCGUGCUGAAGAAGGACCACGAAGAGGAAUUGGCCCUGCUGAAGAAACCGGUGGAAAGCCAGGUCAACGUGGUCGUGGACGCCCCGCCCACCUCAGACCUGAACGAGGCCAUGAAAGAGAUCAGAGACAAGUACGAGAGUCUGAUCGCCAAGAACCACACGGAAAUCGAGAUGUGGUACAACAAGAAGAUCCUGGAAGUGGAGCACGACGUCAAGAGAUACUCAGAGGAUUUGAAAACAUCCAACACUGAGAUCAAAGAGCUGAAGAGCACCUUCCAGAGGCUCCAGAUUGAUCUGGAGUCCCAUUUGAGCAUGAAAGCAUCUCUGGAAGAAACCCUGUCAGAGACCCACAUCCGCUAUGGAGCACAACUGACAAGCCUGCAGGAGGUGGUUUCCAGUCUGGAGGCGCAGCUGUCCCAGAUCCACGGGGACAUGGUCAGCAACGGGCAGGAGUACAGCAUCCUGCUGCAGGUGAAGACCCGUCUGGAGAGAGAGAUCGCGGAGUACAGAAGGCUGCUGGAGGGCGAGGAUGAAAGCUCUAAACAAGUGAUCACAAAGGUCAUCACUGUGGUGGAGACGGUCGUGGACGGAAAGGUGGUUGAGAGUUCAAAGACAGUGGAUGUGGAUGUGGAUAACGUCGAGUGAAACUGUGGAUUCCUCUACCGAAAACAAUAAAGAUGAUUCAG